AUGACGUCUCAAAAGCUUCUGUCGUUGCUUGUUUUGCUCGCCACCUUGGCAGCAUUCGUCAGCGCGCAAGAGCUUGAGUCCAUCCCGAAAAAUCUAAUUAUCGGCUACCGCGAGCCUGGUGAUUAUCUCAUUCAGAAGGAAGAAAUCAAGAAACCAGCCAGGUUCCUGAGCCGCCACAUUUACGAAAAAACCUACGUCGGGGAUAAUCAUUCCAUUAUAACGCAAGUCAGAAUUGUUGAUAUGAGCACUAAUGGUCAUGGCGCUACCGCGAAAGUCAUUACUGGAGGUGUAGGUCGAUCAUUUAUCUCUAUUUCGCUCAAAGGUCUGUACAAUUUCGGCAUCAAUAAUGUCGUAGAAAUUUAUGGUAAGAAGCCCAUUAAAAAUUAA